GUUGCUGAUAGAAAACGGUUGAACUGCGCAGAGAGUUCAGCUCAGUCGAAGCAGGAGCAAGGAGAGGGCAGAAAGCGGAGACAUCGGUCUCGGUUUUAUUAUGCUCUAUUUGAUCACUAUUUGCCAAUCUAACCGUUCGGACUCAUGGUGAAGAGAAAGAAGACGUCGCCUACUAGCGAAGAGCACGAAAAUGGCAUGACACUGGGCUCCAGGGAGGGGAUCGGUGUCGAUGGGAGGAGGAAUCCGUCCAGAAAGCCCGAUGGUUGCGACGAGGAGGAGAGCGCAGAGCAGGCGAGCGAGGAGCGCAGUACAAAGGGAGACGACGGAGUGGAAAUUCUUAAUCCAUCAAGCACGGCUCUCAGCCCGGCUCCAGCUCCGGGUCUCCCCGCUUCCCCGCCGAACCGAACCGGGCUGGGCUCAGCACCCCAGCACCCCCAGACCUUAGCGGAGUCCGCCCCUCCGUGUCACGACCAGCAUCAUUUUCUCCGAUCAAGCGUUCGACCUCCGAGCAAACGGAUCCGGAAGGAUUCAAUCGGCUCCACCAUCAAUGGACAUGGCGGGGCAAAAUCGAAAGGAGCAGAGAAUGGCUCUUCUUCUUCCCACGGGACAGUGGGCCAGUCGGGGCCCCUGGCUGGCUCGGCGGGGGGAGUAUCGAAGGCCUCAAAGGGCCAAGGCUCUGCUGAGAAAGAGGAGCAGGCUGGUAACCAGAAGAGGGCCCGUCGGCAGUGGGAGUCUUGGAGCACAGAGGACAAAAACAGCUUUUUUGAGGGUCUCUACGAGCAUGGGAAGGAUUUUGAAGCUAUCCAGAACAACAUUGCAAUGAAGUACAAGAAAAGAGGCAAGCCAGCGAACAUGGUGAAGAACAAGGAGCAGGUGCGCCACUUUUACUACCGGACGUGGCACAAGAUCUCCAAACAUAUCGACUUUGCCAACGCGUACGCCAGAGUGAUGAAGAAAUCUUCUCAAGAACUAUACGGCCUCAUCUGCUACGCCGAGCUACGCAAAAAAGUUGGCGGCUUAAUGGAUGAUAAGAACGUGACGAAGCUGAAUGAACUAAUCCAGCAAGGGGCCACCACCGUGCGCUCCAAAGGGAGGAACUUACGAAUCAAAGCACCCAUGUGCCGAGCACUGAAGAAACUCUGCGACCCAGAUGGAGUGAGUGACGAGGAGGACCAGAAGCCGGUGCGGCUUCCCCUGAAGGUGGCGGUGGAGCUUCAGCCACGGAGUAACCACUCCUGGGCCCGCGUCCAGAGCCUGGCCCACAACCCUCGCCUCAGGAUGGUUGUGGAGCUCCACAGGAAAGUCUCCAGUCUCAUUGAGUAUCUGAAGCAGAAGUGGGCGUACCACGACCAGCGGAUUCUGAAGAGUCUGAUGGAGAGGGAGGCUCUGGAGGGCCACCAGUCCAGCUCAGCCUCUCCCAGUAGAUCCCAGCAGGAGGAGCUCUUUCUUUUCCCAGCUGAGAGCAGCACUUUGACCGCACUGCCCGGUGUGGCACGUGUCGUUCAUUCCAAAGCCUCCUGCACUGUACACUGGUUAGAAAGUGGCAAGAGUCGGCCUAAUGCCAAGGAACUGCCGGCUGCUCAGAUUCUGGGUAUCCACACGGCUCCACCUCUCCGGACCGGGGCUAAAUCUGGACGGGGAGGCACUAUCGGUACUGCCGGCGCUUCAGUGACUGUGUUGGGCGAUAGUCGACGGACUGAGUCUCUCAACAACCCUGAACCUUCACAAGACGGUUCUCCAAAGGGAGAGGAGAGGAGACUUCAGUCAGAUUGUGUCCCUGCUUCCUCUCAGCAGACUCUAAUGGAAGAGGGGACUGAGACGGGACUGUCAGAAGGAGGGAAAACCUGUGUGAGUGUGGAGGCCAGUAGUGGUUCAACAGUAGCUAAAAGCGUGGAGAAGUUGUGCAGUGGUACAGAAAGCUCAUCGGAGCAGUGCAAUGAGGAUCAGAACAGCAGCACCUCGUCCCCAGAGGCCAACCAGACCACUCCAUCCAAACCUCCGAUGAGCAGCUCAGAGGAGGGAACGUCUGCACCGGCAGCCAGAGAACGAGUGGUGGAGCAGAUCAGAGGCGAGGGCUGGAGCGCCCGCGACGCGGAGAACGUCACCCUGGCGGAGCUCUACCUGAUGUUUGGGAAGCCUGGCAAGCUGCAGCUGGAGUACGAGUGGCAGCCUGCUGCAGCUCUCAGCAACCAGGAAAACGGACAAGCCUUAGUGCAGCUCAAGCCCAGCAGGACAAACCGCGUUUUGCACUGCCUGCUCAAGCUGGUCGCCACUGAGGUCAAUCCUAAACCUUUGGCUCCAGAGCUGUGCUCCACAGCCACAUCACCCCUCAAGACGCAUCAAGAGGAGCAGAACCAGGCGCUCACUCCUCCGGGGAAAGUUCCCAUACCAGGUGUUCGCAGCCCCAGCUGUGGGCGGCAGCAGGCCUCGGUCCGAGGGGCCCGGCUACACCUGCCUAAUGCUGGAGUCUCAGGUGGACGUAACCUCCCCCGCUCUCUGCUGGGCUCGACGGCGGGCAGCGACUCAGAGAGUGUGUUUGCCGUCCCCACCACGCUGCCCCCCAACAGCUCUCGGCACAACAGAAUGUUUUCCCCCAACAAGGAAGCUGAGCGAGCCCUCAAACAGCAGCUCGACUCCAUCAGUAUGCAGUCAGAUCUUUUAUUUUCAAGACAGAGAAAACCUCGAAACAGACAACUACGGAAACCCCUUGUAGUCCAGCGAACACUCCUGCCCCGAACUACAGGAGAUACUCCUCAGCACGUCUGCUCCUUCUCCAUCCUCUCCAACUCCUCCGCCACAGGAACUGGAUCUUUCCGGCCAAUCCACACUCGCCUGGCUCCUUCCUCCCGGCCCCUCCUGUCCAAAGCUUCCCCUGCAGCGUCCAGCUCUGCAGCAGCCAGCCAGCUCUCCAGUGCCAUUGACCUGGCAGCUAAGUCUGCAGGUAUCAUCCCUGCCAGUCCCCGUCGGGAGCUCGACUCUCCUGCUGUUGAUGACUGCGAGCUGCUCGGCGCCACGCCCAUUGUUGAUGCUGAACCAGACUCUGAACUCCUGCAGGGCAACGCCCCGGAGAAUGGUCAGCCUCCUCCAUCUCCUGGAGUACCGGGUGGAGGAGACUCUCUCCUCUCUCCGCCCAGCGUGGCCUCGCUGCUGGACAUCUCCCUCCCCGGCCCCCCCGAAGAGGCUCUCGCCCCCGGAGAACCUCAGACACACAUCAGUGACUCCAUCAUCGAGCUCGCCAUCAACUCUGCCCACUAUGGCGAGGAGGCUGCUCUCUCUCCAGCCAAGCUGAGCAACACCGACGGCUCCAAGCUGCUGGCCUCGUCUCCCUCCGUCAGCCCGUCCAGAGGCUGGAUCCCCUCGCCCAGCCACGACCCCCAGUGGUACCCCAGCGACUCCUCCGACUCCACACUGGGAUGCCUCCUCUCCAGCAUGGUGUCUCCUGAUAAGGGCAAGCGCACCACCCUAACCCCCUCGGGCCCCUCCAGCGGCACGGCUCUGCUCGGUCCUAGCCUCCUGGACUGCAACUCCCAUGAUUCCUUUCAGUCCCGUGGCCUUCCUGAUGUGGCGGAGAUGGACUCUCAGCUUGCUUGUAUGAUGAGUGAGAGCAGCGUGGACUACAUCGCUCGCUUCAACGACCUGGCUCAGGAGCUGGCUGUGACCGAGCCCUCCAUCCCACCACCCUGAGGAGACCCCCGGCCGUCUGGAGGACACGAGUCUGACGCUCUGGACUGCCGCCAUGCUGUCCCUUCCUUGGAGAGAAAAGAUGGCUGUGGAGAAAGACUGACGCCCUCCUCUAAAGCCACCCCUGCCCUUUUUGUAAAAGUGCAAUAAUACCAGUGAACCUUGACCUUUGUUCAAAGCGAGUUUGAAACUCGUCGGUUUUCACUGAACUAUUCUUUAAGUUGAAAUGCCCUUUAAAAACAAACACUUUAGAAAAACAAAUGCGUUUACAAAACACAACCUCAUGUACAGGAAAAUACUAUGCCAUAUCUGAACAAAAUAUUUUCACUGAUCUUUUAUGUCUCUUCCUGCUCUUUGUGUGUUUGUUUGUCUGUCUUCUACUCUCUCAGAUUAACCCCACAAAAUGUGUAAAUCCGCCAAAUGUGCAGUUCAGAUCCCAGCCGGUUGGCAAACGGCCGCCGGAGGCUGAAUUUGAAAGAAAUGGCAGUGAGAAAGUGGUUGAAUGUGGUGAGAUUCUUGUUUCUAUUCAGUUGCAAAAGUAGAGCACAACACAGCAGGGCAGGUACAAGUCAAACCCUUUGCUACUGCCCUCUAUUUCACAUGCUCUGGAUCCGUUCAGGUUUUUAUUUGGUUUGCAUUUUAGGAACAUAGCCUGCCAUGUGUGUUGGGAAUCAAACGGUCAUAUGUCACAUACAGAAUGGCAGCUUUUGUUUGGUUGACGUCUUUUGAAGUUUGUGCUGAAAUCACAGUUCAGUGUCCAUCGGCAGUCGCUUCAUGCAGUUAUCAUUUCAAAUAUAUGGUGAGAUGAUAAUACUGAUUGCAACUGUCUUCAGACUUGUUUGUUGUUGUUGUUUUUUUUUAUCUUGUCACAGUAGUUGAGAGCAUUUUAACUCAACUUUGCUGGUAAAUAACGUUUUUUAUUUACUUCAGACAAAAAAGUGAGUUGAGGUGUUUUCAGUCAAGACUGAACAGAGAAGAUAGUGGAAGGGAUAGUUUGGAUUUAUUGAGGAACUUUAGCUAUAGUCAGUGUGUUACCGACAGUAGAUGGUUGUCAGCGUCCCAAUAGUCUAGAUGGAAUUGUCCAAAAAGUGAAAGUGAGGAGC